AUUCCCAAGAUCACACACACAACCUAAACACCCACACACAAUCGCAGUAAAGUAUUUCUUUAGUUUUUAGUAAACAGCGACACUGAAAACACGCCCAAAAAUUUUACCUAGUCUUCUUGCUAUCAGUCGUAAGUAAAAGUGCGCUAGUCAGUCUAUGUAGAGUUACGGGAUCCACAGUUCAAGUUUCAAGACCAAGUUCUUCAUACAUACAUACAAUAAUAUAAGCGAUAAAGAAAUUUGCUGACAACAUUGUAUUUUUGAUAGCCAGUAAAACUCCGAGCGCUUUACAAACAACGAUCAUCUAGCGAGGAAAUAAAAAUAUAUAAUAAUAUUCAACGUGAGUGACAAUUUAAUAAGUGACGUAUUUGCUUGAAUAAUAAAUAAAUUUUUAUUGGAGAUAUUUUUCAUAACGCAAUUAAACGUUCUUUAAUCAGCUAAACCAAUAAAGAUGUCCAACUGGCAGAGCCCACCACCAAAUGCAGGAUUUUAUCCAGGCCAACAAGGGUAUCCGUAUCCACCAAAUCCCGGGUAUCCACCUAAUCCAGGCUAUCCACCACCACAAAACGACUGGAAUAACGGUCAAGCACCACCAGCUGGAUUCAUUCCAACCGGAGGAAAUUACGGACAAGGACCACCACCAGUUCCACCUACUGCAGCAUUUUCUCACCAGCCCGGAAUGUACGGGGCAAGUUAUGGAGACGAGGCCCUUCACGAUGAGCCAAAGGGCUUUGAUUUUAGCGACAAAACAAUCAGACAGGGAUUCAUCAGAAAAGUCUAUGCUAUUUUGAUGUGCCAGCUGUUGCUGACACUGGGUGUUAUUUCACUUUUCUUGUUUCAUGAACCGACUAAACGAUAUGUGCAACAUCACGAGGGAUUAUUUUGGGCUGCACUUGUUAUUUUAUUUGUCUCAUUGAUUUGUAUGGCUUGUUGUACUAGUGUAAGACGUAAGGCUCCGAUGAAUUUCAUAUUUCUUUUCCUAUUCACCGGCGCUGAAAGUUUUAUGCUCGGUACUUUGUCAUCUCGAUAUGAUAGCAAAGAGGUACUACUGGCAGUGGGAAUAACCGCAGCGAUAUGUUUCUCAUUAACAAUCUUUGCAUUCCAAACUAAAUGGGACUUUACUGGCAUGGGAGCUGCGCUCUUUGUUGCCGUAAUUUGUCUCAUGCUAUUUGGAAUAAUCGCUAUGUUCUGGCAUGGAAAAAUAAUAACAAUCGUUUAUGGUACAGUUGGUGCGCUACUAUUUUCACUGUAUCUAAUUUAUGACACCCAAUUGAUGCUGGGCGGCAAACACAAGUAUUCUAUUUCACCCGAAGAGUACAUUUUCGCUGCAUUGAAUCUUUAUCUUGAUGUCAUUAAUAUAUUUAUCUACAUUUUGUCUAUUAUUGGAGCUUCACGUGAUUAAAUAUUUUAUCAAUCAUGUAAAUUAUAAUCAUCAUCAUAAUCAUUAUUAUUGUUUACUUUGUUUAAAAUCAUUGUGUAACAAACUUAUUAUUUUUUUUAUUUUCUUUUGUUUAAAAAACAAAAACACCGAAUAAAUUAAUAACCAUUUCAAUUAAUAAUAUUAAUGACUUAUUAAACAAAUAAAGUUUGCAAGUUUGAAGGGUUUUGCACUGUUAUCACAAAGUAUUUUUCGAUGCUAACUUUUUGAAAUACAAGCAGGCUUCAAAGCUUUAUCUAGUCCAUAAGUAAAAUUCAGAAAAUAUUUUAAUAUCAUAAUAAUUUUGUUCUUUAUUUCUUGAGGUCAUUCUCAAACAGCUCUCCCCCCACUGGUAGUGUUACGAUUCUACUCAAGAGAAGUAGCUACAACUCCACUCAGUUAUAUCUUUAUUCAGCUUCAACUUUACUCAGCGGCAAGUCUACUCAUAAAGAAUUGCUAUUUUAACGAUAGGCUAAAAUACAUGAAUAGAGUUGUCGUUGAGUCUAGUUAAACCUGAGUAAAAAAAAAAAAACUGAGUAGAGUUGAGGCUGAGUAAAAUUGUGAGUGAGUAGCGUUGCAGCUACUUCCUUUGAGUAGAGAUGUUGUGAGUAGAAUUGUAAAUCUGCCACCCCCCCCCUUCUUUUUUAAAAUUUUCGGUUUCAAUUAUCAUAAGCGCAUCAAAAUUUUAUCAAUUCGUGUUACUAAUUUCAAAAGGCCGUAUAAUUUUUUUUAUUACCCGUGGUUUUGUAAUCUUAUUUUUUUGUUAAAAAUUUUUUUUUUCAAUAUGAUUGUGAAUUUAAAAAAAAUUGUACGCCGUUUUGGUUUCAAACAGUGAAUAAAGCCAAGAGGGCGUAUAAAAAUAUGAGUACUUUUGUAAUUAGUGACGUGUAUUAAUUAAAAAAAUAUUAAAGUAUUUAUUGAAAAAAGGACAAUUUAACUGAGAUGAAGAAUUUUAAAAAAAUUACUUACAGUUUUUAUCAAUUAGGAGCUAAACAAAAUUUAUUGAAUUAAUUCUAGUCUUAAAAAUUUGAAAAUUCGAAUUGUAAUUGAUAAAGAUUUUACUGAAAUUUAUUUUCCAAAUUUUGUUUAACUCCCAAUUGAUGUCAACUGUAAAUAAUUUUUUAAAAAUUAAGUGAUGAAAUUUAGAUGCACUUACGACAGUUAAAAGUUGAAUUUUUUUAAAAAGUAUCGGGAACUGUUUGAGAAUGCCCUUAAAUAGAAAUGAAUGUUAUUAUUUAUUUCAUAAAGUUUUGUUAAUGUAAAUUUAUUUUACAUUUCAUUUUAUUAUAUUUCAUAAAUAUUACAUUCAAGUAUUCACCCUUAUUCGACCUUCCUUAGAAUAUUAAAAGUCCUAAUUUUUUACUCAUUAAAAAAAGCUUUUGACCUUUAAUAUUGUCAAAUAUAUGUAACAAACAUUUAUUAUAUAUAUAUAGAGAGAGAGAUAUUCGAACUUAGUAAUAAUAAUUAGUAGUAAUAAAUAAUAUAUAAGGCAAAGAAAAUAUUCGGCAUAGAUUUGAGCACAUGAUUGUGUCGUUUCAUCCAGCAUUAAUAAAUAAAAAUUAUUUUAUUGUAAAAGCUAUUUAUAAACAAAUACAAACUCAACUUAUAUGUACUAUUUAAAUACGUUUAAAUAAAAAUAUUUAAAUUUA